ACUUUGACGCUAAGACGUGCAGCCAAAGUGUCGCUCUUCGCUGAAUUUUCAGGUGAAGCUGUGACGUCAGAGCGCACGCCCAGACGCAUCCGGGAGACCUCCUGCUGCACCUGUUGCCGUUUCACGGGGAAAGGCUGCGGCGGCACCGGUGGCCUCCUGGCAGCUCCCACGCACAGAGUCGAGUUAUUUUCUCGGUUGUCCGUAUGUUUGGAUAAGAACAACAACAAAAAAUCGGCAAAGGAUUUCGUUUCAUGUCGACCAGGGAGCUUUUCUGGUGGCAAUGGAGACCCUGCCGGUCGGCUGGCAUGUGCACACCUGGGGCCAGGAGGGAGAUGGGACCAAGCUGCUGAAGGAGGGAUCCGCUGACAUCAACACAAACACACAUGUUCACGAUCUGUUCCAUGAAGAUGCGCAGGGUUUCCACCAGCCUAGCCAGCCAUGGUGGAGAAUCAAGCUGUUUGUGUGGGAGCCGGUACUUUUUGGGACCUGGGACGGUGUUUUCACCACCUGCAUGAUCAACAUCUUUGGGGUGGUUCUGUUCCUGCGCACCGGAUACCUGGUGGGUAACACUGGCGUGCUGUUGGGGUUGCUCCUCGUCUCCAUGGUGGUUUUAGUCGCUCUAGUGACGGUGAUGUCUGGGAUCGGAGUGUGUGAGCACUGUGGUGUUGGGAGCGGAGGAAUCUACUCCAUGAUCUCCACCGUCUUGGGAGGCAGGGUGGGGGGUACCGUUGGCCUCCUCUACGUGUUCGGACAGUGCGUUGCCGGGGCCAUGUACAUCACGGGCUUCUCCGAGUCGGUGGCCGAGCUGUUGGGCCUGCAGAGCCAGUGGGCGGUGCGCUGCAUGUCGGCAGCUGUCCUGCUGGCGUUGCUUGGAAUCAACCUGGCAGGUGUGAAGUGGAUCGUCAGACUCCAGCUGCUGCUGCUGGCCGUGCUGGCAGUCUCCACGCUGGACUUUGUUAUUGGCACCUUCACUCACCUCGACCCAAAGCAUGGCUUUGUCGGCUACUCAGCCGAGCUUCUCGUCAGUAACACCGUACCGGAUUACAGCCCCGGAGAAAACUUCUUCACGGUGUUUGGGGUCUUCUUCCCUGCUGCUACAGGGGUCAUGGCAGGAUUCAACAUGAGCUCAGACCUGCAGCGGCCCGAGCAAAACAUCCCCGUGGGAACCCUGGCAGCGGUUUGCACUUCGUGGUUCCUGUAUCUGGUCUUUGUCUUCCUCCUGGGGGCCAUCUGCACCAGAGAAGCUCUGCGCUAUGACUUCUUGAUAGCAGAGAAGGUCUCCUUGGUGGGUUUCCUCUUUCUGCUGGGCCUUUACAUCUCCUCCCUGGCUUCCUGCAUGGGCGGCUUGUACGGGGCACCCAGGAUCCUCCAGUGCAUCGCCCAGGAGAGGGUCAUCCCCUCCCUCGCCUUCCUAGGAAGAGGGAAAGGCCCAAACCGGACCCCCGUGGCGGCCAUCUGUCUAACCAGCUUUCUGACCAUGGCCUUCAUUUUCAUUGGUCAGGUCAACGUGCUGGCGCCAAUCGUCACCAUCAACUUCAUGCUCACCUACAGCUUCAUUGACUACUCCUACUUCUGCGUGGCCAUGACCUUCCUGCUCCAGACGAAGCAGAAAGCGAAGACCUCGGAUUCGGGGAGGAGCAGGCGCCGGUCGACCAGGCACAGCUCCAGGCCUCUGAUUGAAUCCCCGCUCCCCAACUACGGCAGCGGAGGCGAGAGUCCGCGGGGAAAGGGCACUCUGCUGGAGUUCAACAGGGACAUGGACCAGAUCUUCCCCCCUGUCUCCAACCCUGAUCCCUCACCAGAGAAAAUGCUCCUGAGACAAGAACUGUGCAGCAGAUCUCAGGGUAGGAAGGCUACAGCUAAGCGGAGGCUGAUGGACAGCUUUGGUCUGGACCUGAACAGCAACGUGUUCUCAGACGAGAACGAUGGGGAGCAAAGCUCAGCUCCAGAAGGAGACGGAAACAAGGAGCAGAGCGGGGAGGAAGACUCCAGGUCCGGAGAGCAACCUGAAGUCAUCCGUCACACAAGAAUGGGUUGCGCACAGCAAGAUUCCUCCGCAGAAAGUCACGAUCACAGUGCAGAAAAUCCAGAGCAGCAGCACGUUGAAAUCCAACCUAUGAGGGACGCCUUCUACACAAAGAUGUGUAACCACUGGAUUGCUCUCAUUGGGGCAGUGAGUUCCAUAUUGAUUAUGUUUAUCAUCCAGUGGGUGUAUGCUUUAGCCAGCAUCCUGGUUGCAUUUCUGAUCUUCUUCUACAUUGGAAGAGCUAGUCCUGGUCUACCUCUAGGAAUUGCAGCUCAGUUCAGCUUUUUCAGAUGGCUGAAGUCAAUUCUUGGUACCCUAUGGAGGAAGAGAGGCUCUCCCCGGGAUGAGAUGGUAGUGACUCCGUCUCUGUCAGGAAUCGGGCUCAAAACCAAGCAACUGACGGAGGAAAACACCGACUUUGCCUCUCGCCACCGUUUUCACCAGUCUUCGUUCAUCCAGGCCGACACGAUGGUGCAGCCGCCGUGCCAGUGACACACUUGAACUCUGGCUUAGUUCCAUGUCACGCCUGAAAACCUCAAGGCACGAAUCGUGCCUCAUGCUGCUGCGUUCUGCACGCGUUUCCUAUGCAGCGAAGACUGUUCAGUGGCUCGCGUCGUUUCUGGGUUAGGCAUCAAGGAGAGCUGAGCUUUUCUUAGAGUUGCACAAAAAGGUGAGCGUUUGUAUGUGGGAGCAGGAGAUAAUUAGGGGCUCAAUGUAGCAUUUGUUCAUUUGAUUUGACAUUAAGUUAAUAUAGAAACUUAUUUUGUCAGAAUUUGUGUUAUUUCACCAUGAUAGUUUUUGUGGCAUUACAAACAAAUGUGUUACAAAAGUUUGAUUAAAUAUAUAC